AUGUCUUCCGUUACAAGAAAUCUCAACGUAGAAUUUGGAGGUGGUCUGGAAAUACUCUUCAACCACCAACGCCAAAUCAAGCUCGUGGUGAGCGCACAAGGACGCAAUCCAACAGUGCGCGACUUGAUCAAGAAGCUGGCAGACGAGCAUAUCAACGAGCGCAGAGAGUUAUUCAUAGAGGGUGAUACAGUCCGCCCAGGUAUUUUGGUUCUAAUUAAUGACUGCGAUUGGGAACUGCGCGAUGAGCUCGAUGGCGAGUUAGAAGAUGGUGAUGUCGUUGUAUUCAUAUCAACGCUCCAUGGUGGCUGA